AUGGACGACGAUCUCAAGACGCCCCUGGUAGUGGGAGAAAUCGAGGAGGUGGACGUGAAUCCUCCCGAGAACUUGACUCCCCGCACGAGCGAGCGGGAGAAGCACGUGCGGACAAAGGUCCCGGAGGCGGAGAUCCACCUUUACCGGCAGGGCAAGGGCCCCAUCGCCGUGUUCAAGUCGGCACUGGGCGGGUGGGAGCAGGACCAGCUCGAGGUCCGGGACAUUCUAGAUAAGCAUGGACUCAAGUCGGUCUUCGCGUUCAAUCCCCGAGCCGGGGGGCGCGGCGUUCCGGUCCGAUUCCAUCCCAGGAAUGGGAGGUCUGUCUUGACGUAUAGGGAUGGGGCUGUUGUUUACCUUGAUGGAGAACCUAAGGACUCUCUAAUUAAACCAGUGACAAGGAUUUUGCUGGGGGUUGCUUUAAUAACCUUUAUGAUAACACUAGUUUCGAAGGAUACUCCGGAUUGGUUGAAGAACUUGAAUUUCUCUAGUGUGAACUUCCCUCCAUGGAUCUUGGCUUGUGUAGUUAUUGUCUUCACCCGGAUGAGGAAGAGAACCAAAGAUUUUCUGAACAAGCGUGGUUGGUGA